ACACAUAAACAUCCCCAUAACAAAACACAACCACAUCACCUUCAUCUCUUACCCCUACAAACAAACGCACACAAACGUUACCAAUGUCCACCGUUAGAAUUCAAGUUUCAGCAUGCGCUCUUUCCGCCACUGUUAACCACCUUCGUUACCGUCCAAACUACGCCGUUUCAACAAGCUCCUUCAACAACCAUUUCAGUAUUAAACCCCUCAAAGUAUCAAUGUCUUCUGCUCCUCCUUCUGAGCCAUUGGAAGUUGCUGUUAAAGCUUCUCUUACUACACCUAACAAGAUUGGAGACUGCCCUUUUAGCCAAAGGGUGUUGCUGACACUGGAGGAAAAACAUUUACCUUAUGAGCCAAAAUUGGUGGAUUUAAGAAACAAACCAGAAUGGUUUCUUGAAAUCAGUCCUGAAGGUAAAGUUCCCGUGAUAAAUUUUGAUGGAAAGUGGGUUGCUGAUUCAGAUUUAAUCACACAAACAUUGGAAGAGAAGUAUCCUAGCCCACCAUUGGUGACACCACCUGAAAAGGCUACAGCUGGGUCAAAGAUCUUUUCUACAUUUAUUGGAUUUCUCAAGAGCAAAGAUCCCAAUGACGGAACUGAACAAGCAUUACUAAAUGAACUGAGCUCCUUCAACGAUUACCUCAAGGAAAAUGGUCCUUUUAUCAAUGGGAAAGACAUAUCUGCGGCUGACCUAUCACUAGGACCAAAGCUAUACCAUUUGGAGAUUGCUUUGGGACAUUAUAAGAAAUGGACCGUACCUGAUUCGCUGACCUUUUUGAAGUCUUACUUGAAGGAAAUUUUCUCGAGGGAAUCAUUCAUUAACACACGUGCACAGCCGGAGGAUGUCAUUGAAGGUUGGCGUCCUAAAGUAGAGGGUUGAUGAUAUCGACCCAUCUACUCUUUUCUUUCAUUUGCUUGAGUCUCUAAAGGUUACGUCCGACUCUAGUUGAGUAUAUAUUCAGCAACAUUCCACUGUAGAGUUGAAUACCAACAUUCCACUGUAGCCUUGAUUAUUCAUCAUGAACUAAAACAUAACUGUUAUUUUAUAGUUGGCCACAUUGUAACAUGUUAGGGAGAGGCCAUGAAGACUGUAUGUUGAGCAAAAUAAUUGCACUCUGCAGGAGAAGCUAGAAUUACAUUCCUUAAACUAGUGCUUAACUAUAUAAAUAAUCGUGGUGAUUGACCAUGGGAUGAUGUGCCGUUGACCUUGGUCUUAAUAAAAGAAGCAACUUUCCUUA